AGGAAAAUGGAAAAAUAAUGGAUAAGGAGAAAAUCCUAACGCAGACGAGAUGAACCAGAAAUCCAAAAUCCACGAAAAUCGCUCACUAUGGCCGCAGCAAUCUCGCCAUUGGCGUUCUUCUCCGCCGCCGCUGCAUCCACCGGAACAACCGCCCCAAAACUACCGCAAAUUCCGCCGCCGCAAAAGCCCCAAAUUAUCCCCAUCCUUCAAUCCAAACCCUCACUCUCCUCAUUGACCGCCGCGGGUAGCGCCAUCGCCAUAGCCGCGAUUGUGAGCACUAGUCCACCGUCACUGGCCGACGCCGGCCCCGCAUUCAACGUCUACUACGGUACCGCUGCCAGCGCCGCCAACUACGGCGGCCUUGGCGGCAACGCCAACAAGAAAGACUCGGCGGAAUACGUCUACGACGUGCCGGACGGCUGGAAGGAGCGAUUAGUAUCAAAAGUCGAAAAAGGUACGAACGGAACCGAUAGCGAAUUUUACAAUCCGAAGAAACGAUCGGAGAAAGAAUACCUAACUUUCCUGGCCGGAAUCCGGCAAUUAGGGCCAAAGGAUGUGAUUCUGAAUAACCUAGCGCUAUCGGACGUUAAUUUGCAGGAUCAGAUCGCGAGCGCGGAGAGCUUCUCGGCGGAGGAGAAGAAGGAUGAGAAUGGACAGAUUUAUUACGAGUAUGAGAUCGAUGGCGCCGGAACUCACAGUUUGAUAUCGGUGACCUGUGCGAAGAACAAGCUGUAUGCGCAUUUUGUUAAUGCACCGACGCCGGAGUGGAAUCGAGAUCAGGAUAUGCUUCGGCAUGUUCAUGAAUCCUUCAAGACGAUCGGAUCGUAUUAAGCUUUGGUCGCAUCGUCGGAGAUUUGAUAGGAGAGAGGUUUGUGUUGUCGCUGUGUACGAAUUGGUUGUUACAUGCUUAUUCUCGAACGAUGGAAAUCUGUAGCUGUGUACGAAUUAGCUCGAACAUUUGAACACAUUCUUAGUUACGGCAAGUCAUUUUGAAAAAAAUAAAAUUUAAAGUCCCGAAAGAUUAUACUCAAA